AUGGCCGUUAAUAUGUACGGUCCGAUGCAAAACCACCCACCGCCCAAUCCGAACCCGAUAGAUCUUAUGGCCAUCAAGGACAUCUUCCCGGGGAUGAAAAAUAUCAACGUGAUUUUCAUCAUACUCGAGAUUGGGCCAGUAACGCUAACGAAAGAGAAUCGCGAAGUACGCACGUUUAAAGUGGCCGACCAGAGUGCCGCAAUAAACGUAUCCAUUUGGGACGAGCCGGGUAAACAGCUAUUGCCAGGCGAUAUUGUACGUCUGACCAAAGGAUACGCAAACGUUUGGCGGCAAUCGCUUACACUUUACUCUGGCAAAAACGGCGAGAUAGUACGGUUAGGUGAUUUUUGCUAUACCUUCAACGAGAUGGUGAACAUGAGCGAACCGAACCCCAAUCUGAGCGCUUCGUUAGCGCAACCCGUUCUCAAUAACGGUUCGGGCGGUGGACCAAACGGUGGAAAUAACAACAACGGCACUGGAAAGGCUAUGGGAACACCUAAACCGGUUCCUAACACUAAUCCAUUACUUUCGGCUGGUAGUGGAGCACAGCCAAAGCCACAUGCCGCUACGACACGCUACUCGGUAGCCGUGGCGGCAGCAGCAGCAGCUGCUUCGCCACCCAACAUCAUGAAACCAGCGCAGAAGAACUCCCCCCGAACUGGUCGUAACAGUCAAGCAAAAAGCACGGGUGUAAAAGGCGAACGUAGAUAA